UUCUCAGAUUUCGCGACCACGACAUCAACAGCGCCACGGUCGUCUCAAAAGACUGAGGCUCGUUAUGAUGAGAACCCCUCGUUCAGCUCCCCGGCCAGCACCUGUAGCACCUACCACCCUACUGCCAGUCGCUACCGCUACCACCUUCAGAACCCACCUACGACAUCUAUUCAACCGGCCACCCCAUCAUGCAACGCCUCCCGUUAUUGACGUUUUUUAUGCGCAAGGUUUACAGCGUUAUGCUGCAGCGGGUGCUCCUGGGAGUGAGCACUCCUUGAUACGUGAUGAAGACUAUCAUGGACCUCCUACACCGGACCCCAAUUUACAACAGCAACAGCAACCAGGAACAACGGAGGCAGACCGUGGAGAACAUGGAGGCGGCUGGUCCUGUUGUUGCUGCUAGGAUAAUUUGCGCAUGACCCUUGAGUGUCUCAGAUCUAUCGUCGAUCUUGUUAUGAUAUGCACAUUGACUUGGAGCAGUACACGUUUUAUCGACAAGUAAUGACUAUUGUUCUGUAUAUCAUUUCUCGUCCUUGUAUCUAGGGCUAAUUAUGAACAUCGCGUCUUUCGUAUC